AUGUUCGUUUUCCCCAAAAAACUAACACAACACCCAUCUUAUACGGCAGAGGUGGGUGGCCUGCCAGCAAGCCGUCGCCUAGUCAUUUCCGAUAAAUCAUCUCAAAAACGAUUCCUGAUCGAUUUUGGGUCGGAUGUGUCAAUAAUCCCUGCAAGCAAAGCUGAUCGAUUGUCCGGAGAAAUUCCGUUGGUACUACACGCAGCGAAUGGCUCCACCAUAAGAACGUACGGCAAUAAAUUCUACUCAAUCGACCUGGGUCUCCGCCGGAAGUACACCUGGAACUUCUUGGUAGCAGAUGUAAACAUAGCAAUCAUCGGUGCAGAUUUUUUGGCACACCACGGUUUGAUUAUUGACUUGCAAAAUAAGUGUUUGAGAGACAACGUUACCAAACUGCGUUCCAGUGGUAGUAUUCUAACGGCUGAGGUACACGGUAUUACAUCCAUUGAAGAGCAUCAUCCAUUUCGUGAUCUCCUUCACGAGUUUCAAGAAUCCACCGUAUCUACAUCCUUUCAACAGUGCCGGAUUACAUACGACGUUACUCAUCACAUCGUGACAAGAGGUCCACCAGUCGCCAAUAAAGCCAGAAGAAUGCAUUCGGAUAAAGUCAAGGCUGCAAAAGAAGAAUUUCAAAUAAUGAUCGACUUGGGAAUCUGA